UUAAUUUUUAUCGUAAAUGAAAUCUAGAAGAGGAAGAAAAUAUUUCUUUGAUCCUGUAAGAAAGGACUUAUCUGCCGAAGUGGAUAUAUCUAUUGUCAGUCUUGAAAAUAGCUGACUUACAAUCCCAAGUUGAGGUAUUUCAGAGGAAAGUGAUAAUGAAAGUAGUGAUAACUCACAAGAUGAUCGUGAGCAAUCUAAUAGUAGCGAAGGAGAAGAAAGCAGUGAGUAUGAAGAUAGUGAAUCCCAGUCUGUCCAUAGGGAAAACCCAGGUCAACAAGCAGCUAAUAAUAACCUUGAAGAUACUGAUGAUCCUCAUCUGCAGGGGGUAUUCGAAUUUUUCCCAAACACUGAUAGAGAGAUGAUAAGAAGCAUUUACCAAUUGAAUGGUGGGAAUGCAAAUGCAACUACAGAGUUUUUACUUGAGCAAGGAGCUGGUGAAGGUGAUCAAGUCAACUUAAAUGAUCAGCCUCAAGCUAUGUCCCAACCUCCAGCUACAGCAACUCAGAAUGUUGUUCCAACAGCUCCUCCUUCCUCUGCGCCCAGAAGUAGAGCACAGAACAACAGAGAAGAAGCUAAGCAAGAGAUUGCUCCACGUAAGCCGAAGAAAAAGGGUGGUCUCUUUGGAUGAUUUGGUGGUGGCUCUAAAAAUACAAAUCCUAAACAGAAGCCGAAACCGAAGCCAAAACAAAGAAGAUAGACCCAUUAU